AUGCUGAAAAAGAAGACCUUGGCGCCUGCCUUCUUCUGGAACUUCUCGCCGACCACCACCCCAGAAUUAUCCCCAACCUCGUCGGAUAGUGACUCCGACGAGGAUAUGGAAUCCUCUGGCUCCCGUCCUGUCAGUCUGGCCGUUUCGGGAGCCUUUUGUCCCAUGCGACCAACCCUCGACGAGGUAUUGGCCAAUACCGCCCCCCCUCCAUAUACCCUCAGUGCCUUCAUGGCCUACCUAUCUCAGAAUCAUUGUCUCGAGACCCUCGAAUUCACCCUCGAGGCGAAACGAUACCGGGAAACAUACCUCUCGCUGGUCGAUCGAUUAGGGGAUCCGACCGACACCCCCGAGGCUCAACACCUGCAGAUGCUGUGGCAAAGGUUAUUAAUGGCGUAUAUCUGUCCGGGCGCCCCACGAGAAGUCAACCUCUCAAGUGAAAUCCGUGAUGCCCUCCUCCACCACCGUAAUCCUGCUAUUCCGCCCCCUCCCGAGACCCUCGACUUUGCUGUGAAGAACAUCCACGAGUUGAUGGAGGAAUCCAUCUUCCUACCCUUCCUCAACAGUCACACUACUUCUCCAUCAGUGUACCCAUCCGAACCUCCUUUCGCCCCCGACGAUUCCGUGAGACUGUCUAGCACAAGCUUGGAUGAACACCCCGUGAACCGCGUUCGCUCCCGUGUGAAACGCAUCUCGCCCAAGUCAUCCCUGAAGGAUCUCCCCGCUACCCUAGGCAGUGGAAACCACUCUCUCGGUGCCGUCCACACGAUCGGAAAGCGGACUACAGUCAUCAGCACAAGUGGCGACUCGAUCGGAAUGGCUCUUACGGAUGAUUCUAGCCCCCAGUCCAGUCCUACCGCUGAAGAGCCCAUGACUCCGCCUUCAACGCCACCCGCGAGCGAGCCUCAUCUCCCCAUGCACAGCCCCAAACUUCGCACUGAGAACCCCUGGAAGAAGAUGGGUAUGAAGCUGGGCUUCAAGAAGCGCUCCACUGGCAGUGCUUCUUCUCGCGAUCCUAAAAUCCUCGGUCUGGACGACUGA